CGUAUACUGAUCCAACCGCGUUCUAUAUUCUCCUCCUCUCGUUUCCUCCUCUGUAGUUCCUUCUCCCACACGCCUCUCUCGAAACCCUAGACCCCCUUCCGCCGCCUCCCUCACCCCAUCUUCUCCGCGUCGAAACCCUACCUCUCAUCUCUUCCCCUUAUCUCAGUCUCCUUCUCCUUCCUCUCGAUCCAUCCGUCGAAGAUGUCGAGCGCCUUGGAUAUGUCCCUCGACGACAUCAUAAAGAGCAACAAGAAGUCCGGAGGAGGCGCCGCCGCCGGAGGCGCCGCCGCCAGAGGCGGGUCCGGUGGCGGCGGAAACGCGCGGGACCGACGCCGAUCCUCCGGGGCCGGCCCCGCGCGCCGGAUCCCCAACCGCGCCGCGAACCGCGCCGCUCCCUACGCUGCGGCGAAGGCUCCGGACUCGGCGUGGCAGCACGACAUGUACGCGGAUUACUCUGCUCCCGUGGCGAGGGCGUCGGCGAUCGAGACCGGUACCAAGCUUUACAUCUCCAACUUGGAUUAUGGGGUUUCCAACGAAGACAUCAAGGAACUGUUUUCAGAGAUUGGUGAUAUGAAACGCUACUCAAUUCAUUAUGAUCGAAGUGGAAGAUCUAAGGGUACGGCUGAAGUUGUCUUUGCCAGACGUGCUGAUGGUCUUGCUGCGGUGAAGAGAUACAACAACGUCCAACUUGAUGGCAAGCCAAUGAAAAUAGAGAUUGUGGGAACUAAUGUUCCAGCACCAGCUGCUGUGCCACAGGCCACAAAUGGGAGAUCUGGAACUCCCAACACUGCUCCAAAGAGUGGACCCAGAAGGGGCGCAGCUGCUGCAUUGCCAGGACGUGGUGGCCGUGGAAGAGGUAGACGCCGUGGACGGGGCAAAGGCAACAGUCAGCCGACAUCUGCUGCAGACCUUGAUGCUGACUUGGAGAAGUACCAUGCAGAUGCUAUGCAAACCAAUUAAAGAGUUCUCUACUGAGUUAAUCAUAGCUUUGCUCAAUGCUGCUCAAUUAUAUUUGCUUUAGUUCUACCGGUUGUGCUUCUGUAGGGAAGGGAAGAUGGAAUUCAUAUUUAUCAGGCUUUGGCUUUCACAUUGUUAUUGCACCUUUCUUUUCGACAUAGUAGUUGGUUAAAUGGAUGUCUGGUGAGUGCCGUUGUCGAUUGUUUGGUAUGGUUGCUGUAGUUUCUUUCAUACUCUUCUUGCUACAAGUCAUAUACUGGUCUUGUCAUCGCAACCAAAGUUUGCUCCACAAGUUGGAAGGCAUUUCUUCAGUCGUGCAGCCCUCACUUGUUAGAGGUAUGUCAGAUUAGCAUUACUGGUCUUGUCAUCGCAACCAAAGUUUGCUCCACAAGUUGGAAGGCAUUUCUUCAGUCGUGCAGCCCUACUUGUUAGAGCAGGUUGAUGCUGCUGAGUAUGUAGUGAUUAGUAAUUCUAAUCGCCUAGAUAAGCUUGGGCCACCAAGCUGGUCAUCUACUAAACUUAAAAUUCCAUGGCCUACCAAAGCAGAUAACAAGAUCGUUCUCUUUGAUAGCCUGUGGACAUUUUGUUGCUGAUCAGAAGCACCGUUAAGCUGCAAGUCCUGCAAUCAAUCUUGUAUGCCAAUGGAUUGGAGGCAAGGUGAGUAUAUGAAAAGCACCAGGGAGAAUACUUUUUCAGUAUUCUUGUUGAGUUUACUCCUUGCAUCGAGUGUUAUGGCAUUUGCAAUUGUUGCUCUUUGAACACUGCUAAGGUUUAGCAUGCAAAUUUCUCACCCUGCCAUCCUUGAUCCCGUGAUGUGAUGCCCUAAUUAGAUUUCAAAUGGUGGAUCGUUUACUAAGCUUGUGGAUGAAAUUCAGCGAUAUUCUAGUGGUACAUUAAUUCACAAUAAAAUCUGGCUGGAUGGACAGGUCGAGCUCUAAAAUCUGGCUGGAUGGACAGAUCGAGCUCGUGAGUGUAAAAGAUCUGAUUCCACUUCCUAGAAGUUACUGUCCAGUCUGUGAGCAGAGAACUGCUUAUGACGACGACAAGCUGGAGGAAUGCAUAAAUGUUUUUUUUUUUAAUAUAAUUUAAAGCCGUAACCAAUUAUUCCAUGAUAGUGGCUUUCUCUCCAAUAGCGAAAGUUUCUGACAUCUGCCCUAUCAGUUAAUCAGGGCACUAAACUGUUUUAGAGUUUUUAUUAUACCUUUGUGAAUUCUUUUGUAGUUGCAUUAUUGUGACUUUUGGAUUCUACUCUGGAUGUUACCUUUUGCUUUUGUAUGCAGCUUAGUACGGUCAGGUACUGGAAAUUAGGAUGGAAGGUGUAGUAAGCUUUAUAUAUGAUUUAGCCAUAAUAUUCGGCUGUAGUUAUUCCAUGGUAAACGUUUCUCUCAGGGAGUGUUCUGGUUUUGAUCAGUGAAACAGGGCACUUCGCCCCAGAGACUUUUGUAUCGUUUCUGGCCGUAGUUUUUCUUUUCAUUGUCUGCUUUUUCGUCAUUUUCUGUUUUUAUAGUUUUGUCCAUUCUGUUAUGUGACAUUGGUAGUAUCUCUCUUUUUAUUUUCCCGUUUAUUUUACUAUAUUUCCGUAAGUUGGAAGCUUUA